AUGGGCCACAUUUCGCAACUGUUGUCUUUCGGCCUACUCAUCUUGGCUGUCGUCAUCUACUCAUGCCCGCUUGAAUCCAAUGUAAAAACUUAUCUAAUUCUCAGUGGUGUCGUGGAAAUCACAUGGCCGUUUCUCUUCAUACUUGUCAUCUUCUGUUGUAAAGAAGAAGAUUUUGCAACAACUAUAACUACAUAUCAACACUGGAUUAGACAUCCGGGUGAAGCAUGGCAAAAAAACGGAACAACUCAAGAAAAAAGUCGAGGCAUCGGUACUCUGACUUUGUAUGCAGCUCUGAUUUGUCUAUUGAUAAGCUUUGUCCUAUGGUGUUGUGGAAAUGCUUGGAUUACGGCUAAUUAUAAACAUAUUGAAUAUUACAAUACAACUUCAUUCAAUUAUUGUGAUCCACAAUUAUUCACAGGUGCAUUUGCAGUCAUCAUCACUGCAAAUAUAGAUAUCUGUUUGUUUGCCAUAUCAAUAGUUGCUUAUUAUCUCAGCAAAUAG